UCUUUCUUUUAUCCUUGCUUCUGAACAGUGUUAUGAGUGCGUCUUUUAGUUGUCUGAAAUUGAAAGGGCUGGCUCAUCCAACGAGGAGUAUUGAGGUUCUUCCCUUUACGGAGAACUUCAAUCCUUCUGCAAUACUCAUCCUCUUCUGUCAUUCCACGUUCCAUCACUUCCCUAUUACAAAAAAACAUAUCAGACUUGAGUGCGACAUCUGAUUCAGGACUCAUUCUAUCACUCAUCCUUUUCAUCAUCUACUUUAAAACUCUUCUCACUUGUUAGCUCACAUCUCCAUCGCCACGCCCUUUCCCUUUCUGCCUUAAUUUGCCACAUCUUUUCCCUUUUUUCCUCUAUCUUUUUCCCCAGCAUUACCUAAACUCCUGGAUAUAUAUACAUAAUUUCACUUUCAAGUCAAAAUCAUUCCUUUUGAAAUUUGAAAUGGGUUGGACUCAGAAUUUCAUAUGUCGUCAAACACUUCACAGUCUUACAAUUCCACUUCUCCUUCUUAUGCUUUGCUUAUCCCAGCUAACAUUCAAGGCUGAAGGUAGAAAUUUGCUUGAUACUCAGGGGCAUGACCAGACAGAGAGCGAAAAGAAAGCAAUUUUGAGAUCACAAAUUGGGUCGAGGCCACCUAGGUGUGACAAAAGAUGUGGUUCUUGCGGACACUGUGAAGCUAUCCAGGUUCCAACAAACCCCCAAAUUACAAAUGGAAAUAAGAACCACACCAUUAUCAACAACAACAACAACAACGCCUCCAGCAACAUUGCCUAUGCCAGGGACGAUGACAACUCAAACUACAAGCCUCUGAGCUGGAAAUGCAAAUGCGGGAAUCUUAUCUUCAACCCUUAAACACAAGUCUAAGUACAGUCCUCUUGUACAUGAAUCUUUACUACUUUCUUGGCUGUUUUAUGUCCAGCUUUAACCCAAAUAAUCUUUUAAUUUUUGGCGCAAGUUCAAUUUUGUCCUUAUUUUAUUACUACCUUAAAUGCGUAAACGGAAAUGUCUUAUGUUUUUCACGUGUCCAAGUGAAAUACUAACAAUCACGAUCAAGGUCUUCUUGCCCAACUUCAUUUUUUUUCCUUCAAGUUUUGUGGUGAUCUCUUGUCUAGACUUUUAUGUUUUUGUGUAAUAAUGCUAAAAUUGGAGGAAUUU